AAACAUUCAUUAUUAAGAAGAUAACUUAGUGUAUAGCGACGUAAUUCUAAAUGAUCAUCUUUCUCAUUUAUGACGCUCCAACUGGAUCUGGAAGCUGUGGAUCAUUUUACAAAAACUGCAACCAACUGUAAUAUUAUUUUAAUUGUUAGGAAUCUUGCCCCCAGUUGUUAAUCCCUUUAUUCAUUUACGGUAAUUUUCGGACAUAGGGCAAAAGAUCUGUUUUUUUUUUUAAUGCGUGAUACGUGCACACGUUUCGUUAACACCUCUGAUAGCUUUUGGAAUAGAACCAAUCGCACAUUUAAUAUUAGCGUAACUGAAAUAGCUCAUCAGCUCCGAGUGCACUGCAAAUCUACACUCGUAUCAAAAUUACAUGGGGCACUUUCAAGAAAUAACUUGAAAAUAAAAAUGAUCGUCAGUAGCCGCCAUACGCCAUACUACGCCAUACGUUUGGUUUAGUUAUGCAAGGCAGGAAUAGAUAAAAGAUAAAUCCAACUGUUUUAAAUGUUUUAUAUCUUUAUGGUUGAGUUUUCUGUCUCUUCCUUGUAUUUAUGGUUGUAGCGGAGUGUGUAUUGUGUAAUCUUACUCAUACAGAUGAUCAGACAGAUGCCGACACUAACACAUGCAUCGCUGACUUGCUUAAAAAUAAUUUUAUUCCAAGCUACUUUCACAGUCAGGGAUCUGGAAGUACGCUAAACCGGUUUCCUUUUAGAUGGUUCAUCGUAUUACUCCAGGUGUUACGACAUUUGUAGCAUAUUAAUAGCGAUUCAAUAGCAGCACAUAGCAUUCGUGCACCAGUGUUCCAUCGCGUUGCAUUUGUUCCGAUUUGUGGCUAUAUUCUGUGAAAUGAAGCUCUAUGCGGUAUCUGAUGGUCCACCAUCAUUGGCUGUUCGGAUGGCCCUAGAAGCAUUAAACAUCCCUUACGAUCACAUAAGCGUGGAUUAUGGCAAAGCGGAACACCUUACGGAGGACUACAAAAAAAUGAAUCCGCAGAUGGAAAUUCCGGUUCUGGAUGAUGAUGGAUUUUUCUUGAGUGAAAGUAAUGCAAUCCUGCAGUACCUUUGCGAAAAGCACGCCCCGACAAGCGAGCUGUACCCAAAAGACCCCAAGGAACGUGCACUUGUUAAUCACCGACUUUGUUUUAAUUUGGCUUAUUUGUAUCCGGAAAUAUCGGCCUAUGUUAUGGCACCGAUUUUCUUUGAUUACCAACGUACGGAAAUGGGCUUAAAAAAGCUGAAUAGGGCAUUGGCUGCAUUUGAGUCGUAUCUAAAGCGCACUGGUACAAUGUACGUUGCAGGCAAUAGGCUAACGAUUGCCGAUUUCCCCUUGGUAACAUCUAUAAUGUGUCUAGAAGCGAUUGCAUUCGAUUUGAGCAACAACUAUCCAUCUGUUCAGAAGUGGUACACUGGUUUCAAACAGGUUCAUCCUAAGUUGUGGAUAAUCGCCGCGAAAGGAAUGGAGGAGAUAGCUGGUUUCGAGAAAAACCCGCCAGAUCUAACCGGUAUGGUGCAUCCAAUUCAUCCGAUCCGUAAGUCUGGAGAAAAAUUAACCAAGUAAAUCAAAAACAUGCAUUUGAUUUGAAAUUAAAAAAAUACACAUUUCAUUCAUCGAGAUCGGACGUACGCGUUCUGUGCACGAUCUUUGGCUUUUCAUUGGAGAUGACCACUGGAGCGAAAGCUCUGUUUUUGGACAAACAUAAAUAUCUAUAAAUCCAAUUAUCAGAGUGAUGGCCAAACGAUGAGUCAACUUUAACCUAAAUCUACUGAUAGAUUUGGCUAAAGAACUUUAGCCUAAAUCUGUUGAAUAGAAUUACUCUUUUAAAAUGCAUCAGGAUAUGCAAAUUGGAGCCAAGAGUUGAGAAAUGCGUCUAAAAAACGAUUAGGAAAACAAGGUGGAUUUGAGUUUGGUUUUGGUGUAUCGCCAACGUUCAGUAAUGGUAAGAAAUAUUGCAGAACAUAAUUAUUUCAGUCCACUACUGUAAUCAUUUUUAACAUAAGCAUUCAAACCCCAAAUGAUGAAGGCAGAUUGUUGUGUAAGUAAGCCAAUGACUCACAGUGACUUUUAUUUUAUUGCAAGUUUCUCAUAACCUAAAAAAAUAUCUGUGCUCAAUACGCGUAAAUAGAUUUCUCUCUUAAUCUCUCUGUUUCUCUCGCUCUCUUAUUCUCUCUGUAUCUCUCUCCCUCGCUCGUUAUCUUUCUUUCCCUCUGUUAUUGUUGUUCUCUCUGUUUCUCUCUUGCUAUUCUGUUAAUAAUUAGUACAAAAUCGUUAUUUUUUAUCUGUAUUUUGUGAACCAUAUACACUUACAUAUUUAUGUUCAAAGUAUAAUUUCCGACAUUAUUACGCAAGCCAUAUCGCUAGUAUAGAAUAUUGGUAAUAUCAACAGUCGGCUUCACACCAUAAGCCGCAAACAUCUAAAUCAUGCACGGGACAGAAAUAAAGAUAAAUCUAACCUUAUGUUAUCUUAUCGUAAAA